AAGCUGAGACUUACUGCGCUGUCACUGGGCUUUGUAAGAUUCCGUUUAAUGAACUGGUUUUCUAUUGCCCGUAGCAAUCUCAGUGAUUGAAGCAUAAGGGGCAGUUGCAGUACUGCGCUAACCUUGCCCUGGGGCACUUCAGCAGCGAGUGCUAUUCUUGUUCCCGCGUCUUGUUCACUUUCACCCCAAAUAUGUACGCCUGCGCCAAGCUUGUGUCUAACCCAGCCCUGGUGAGAAGUGGAGUCUGUCUUCUCUCUCGACCAGUUUCUGUCCCACUACUGAGCUACACUGGACUGAGGACUGAGCAGCUGAUGCCUGUUCCAGCUAGGGGAAUCCAAAGCAGUGUAACAUGCAGGGACAUUGAUACAGCUGCAAAGUUUAUUGGAGCUGGUGCUGCUACCGUAGGUGUGGCUGGCUCUGGUGCUGGUAUUGGGACAGUGUUUGGCAGCCUUAUCAUUGGAUACGCAAGGAAUCCUUCUCUGAAACAACAACUCUUCUCUUAUGCCAUCCUGGGGUUUGCCCUGUCUGAAGCUAUGGGACUGUUCUGUCUUAUGGUCGCUUUCCUCAUCCUGUUUGCCAUGUAAAACAUUAAGAUCACCAGAUUAUAUUUUGGACCCCCUGUACUAGGGCUUUGUGGUGAGGGUAGAUCCCUCUUCACUCUGCUGCUGUAUAAUCUGAUGUUCCUGGGGAAUAAAUAUUAUAAAUACAUUGUGGGUCUCAUAUUUCAGGAGCUCACUCUAAAAAAGUAGAUGUGUGCAUAAAAUUCUUUGAAUGGACAGAUGGUAUUAUUAAAGUGGUCACCUGGACAAUUCUUCUACUGUU